AUGGAGACCACCGAACGGCCGCCCAUCUUCACAUUUGCGAACGGGCCCUCGUCGCCGCCCAUGACGCCCGGCACUCGCUCUCACGCCCACUUUCUCCACACAGACGACCACCCUCCGUCCAGUUAUAAGCGCAUGGGCAUCGUGCACCAUGCGCAAUCCCCGCCGCUCGAACACAUCAAGCCCAUUGGACAGGGACCGCAAUUCCACUUCACCAGGCCACAGUCGCGGGGUGCCUCCUCUCGACCCUCAACAGCAUCUGUUGCUUGUGCGACAACUCCGCAAGACUCCGACGACGAUGCAUCUGAUGAGGAGAGCAUAUAUGAGGACGCUCAGCCAUUCCGCAGAGCCGAAGAACAAGACAUCAGCUUCAUACUCGAAUACUUGGACAGCGAGCCAGGCUAUGAUAGUGACAUAGAAGUCGUGCGGCCGGAUCAAUGUGAAGAUGCGAAAAGUGACAGGAGUAAAUCAAGACUAGACGACAGCGGAAUUGUUGACGAGAUCAAGGAGAUGCAAAUCGCGGAUGAUUCAUCCGAGGACGAAGAGCUAAGGCAACGGAUGGAUUGGAAGAAAAAGAAAAGAUGGAGCGCCCGCAUGUACAAAACCAAGCGCACUUACAGCAUGAGCGUCGAGGGCGACAGCAGCUACUCCGAUAACGACCCGUGCGACGAUGUCGAUGAAUCAGCUCGCCGUCUACGCCGCCGGGUGCGUGGUCCCGGUGAUCGUUCCUCUUUGAUCUUCGAGGACGGGGGCUUUCCAAACAUCAACAACAUUGCGGAAGUAGAGGAACCGGAAGAUGGUGGAAUCGUGAUCAAGAAAGUACAAGGCCCGCCAUCAAUUCCUUCCGACGACGCAUUCACACUCGACGACGCGUUCGGAUUUGAUGAGUUGCCGUUCUGUCAUGUGGAGGAGUGGAUGGAGGUGGAAUCGAUUUACGAAUAA